UUCUUUUUCAGUUCCCACUUUGGCCUGGGGGGCUUCAUGCCCAGCCAGAGUGCAAAAACUCCAUGUGCCUGGCUUUGGAAGAGUUAAGCCCAACGAGGCGGUGUCUUCCUAGUGAAGGCGGAAAUGAGAUGUUUAUGUCUGUGAGCCUUCCCAACCAUAGGUGAGCUCCUCCUAAAGAGGUUCUCCUGGGCAAAGAAGAAGGGCUUGGCAUUCCCCCGUAAUUUUGCCAGUCUUUUGCCAAAGGGAGGAUGUGAGAGAAGAGACAAGAACUUCAUCGCCAAACUUGUUGUUGUUUUUGGAGAUGGAAAAGCAAGAAGCAAGGAAAGGUCCUCCUGCUGUUCAAGGAGGGUUUUGGGAAAGAGGAAAGAUGCAGAAAAGAUUGGGGAAGGAUAUGAGAAGUUUGGAGGCUCGGUGUCAACAUUUCAGGCAGCUCCGCUAUGAGGAGGCAGGGAGUCCCCGAGAGGUUUGCAGCCGCCUCCACUCUCUCUGCCGCCUGUGGCUGAAGCCCCAGCGACACUCCAAGGCGGAGAUGCUGGACCUGGUGAUCCUGGAGCAGUUCCUGGCCGUCCUUCCUGCGGAGAUGGAGCGCUGGGUGAGGGAAUGUGGGGCAGAGACCAGCUCCCAGGCCGUGGCCUUGGCUGAAGGCUUCCUCCUGAGUCGGGCCCAAGAGGAGAAGCAGCACUUGCAGGAAGCGGAGAAGGGUCCAUCACACUCUGGACAAAGAACGCAAUGUUUGUGGACCAGGCAGGAAAAGAACACAGAUCCUGCCUCACUGGAGGAAGGAAGAAGGAGAACACGGAUGCAUAACAGCUCAUUUCAUGUUGAUCCCAUCAGAACAGCUUCCAGGAGCUUGGAUCAGGUGACCUUUGAAGACGUGGCAGUGCCUUUCAGUGAGGAUGAGUGGGCCUUGCUGGAUCCAGACCAAAGGGCCCUCCAUAGAGAAGUGAUGGAGGAAAAUUUGUCUAUCAUAGCUUCUCUGAGUGAUUGGCAGGAGAGUGGCAAUGAAAUACAACCGAGGAUGUCUUGGCUCCAGAGAGUGCCGUGUCAACAAGAGAAAGGGAAGCAAACAGAAACCGACAGUCCAAAGAAGAUGGAGAACAAAGCCUCUGCUUUGUAUGCUUCGGGUGCCUUUGAAAUUCCUACCCAAGAAAAAGCAGGUGGAAAUGAAAGGAAUGAAGGUAUUUCCCUUAAUUCAGAAAUGGAAAGAACCUUGGUUUAUAGUGGAACUCAUAACGACAGCAUUCAUAUGCAAGAGGAAAACAUUAAUGGUUUGAUGGAUUGUGGGAAGAGGUCACACUUUGAGUCCUACCAAAGUAUACUCACACCGGUGAAACCCUACAACUGCUUGGAGUCUGGGAUCAGUUUCAGUGAAAGAACCCACGCAACUUCCGACCAAAUCUCUCUCGAGCAGGGAGAACUAUUUACGUGUUUAGAGUGCGGCAAGAGCUUCAUGAAGAAGGUGAGCCUGACGCUCCAUCAGAAGAUACACACCGGGGAGAAACCGUUCCAGUGCUUGGAGUGUGGGAAGAGUUUUCGCUGGAGGUCGAACUUCACCUGCCACAAACUGACGCACCUGGAGGGGAAGCCGUUUAAGUGCCCGAAAUGUGGGAAAAGUUUCCGCUCGAGGUCCAACUUAUCAUCUCAUCGGCUAACUCACUUGGAGGAGAAGCCAUUUAAAUGCCUGGAGUGCGGGAAGAGCUUCGGUUGGAAGCAGAGGCUCGCGGAUCAUCAAAUAACUCAUGCGGCGGAGAAGCCGUUUAAGUGCCUGGAGUGCGGGAAGAGUUUCAAUUGGAAGUCCAACUUCACUCGCCAUCAGUCCACGCACAGAGCAGCGAAACCAUUGGAAGCAGAGACUUGCGGAGUAUCAAACACCUAAUACAAUAGAGAAACCAUUUAAAUGCCCCAAGUGUGGAAACACUUCCUUCCAAGUAGAGAGAGGUCACCUGGAGUUUUGGAGUUGGGUGCCAUCUCUAUGCAGAUGAAUCAUAGAAUCAUAGAAUCAAAGAGUUGGAAGAGACCUCAUGGGCCAUCCAGUCCAACCCCAUUCUGCCAAGAAGCAGGAAUAUUGCAUUCAAAGCACCCCGACAGAUGGCCAUCCAGCCUCUGUUUAAAAGCUUCCAAAGAAGGAGCCUCCACCACACUCCGGGGCAGAGAGUUCCACUGCUUGAACGGCU